AUGUCCUCCCCGCAGGUCUCCUCGUCCCGCAGACAGUCAUGUUAUCUGUGCGACCUGCCCCGCAUGCCCUGGGCCAUGAUCUGGGACUUCACCGAGCCCGUGUGCCGGGGCUGCGUCAACUACGAGGGCGCGGACCGGAUCGAAUUCGUCAUCGAGACAACCCGGCACCUGAAGCGGGCACACGUUUUCCAAGAGGGCAGACCCUCCGCCGGAGGACCGCCACCUGCGCCGCAGCAGCCCGCCGUGGCGAAGAGCCAAGCGGUGUUUGGGAAGGAGUCGGUGGGGCAGCUCAACCACCACCACCACCACCAGGCGGACGGACCGGGGAAAUCUCAGCAGCCCGGUGUAGACCGGUACUCGCUUGGUACGGACAGCCGAGGGCGAUUUGACUACAGCGGACACAGCAGCAGCAGCAGGCUGCUUAACGGACUCGGAGGACCGAAUGGGUUCAAACCGGACGACGGACCGCCCGAGCUGAAUCGACAAAGCCCGAACUCGAGGAACAGGAGCCACGGGGGGCUGGUGUCGGCACCUGGGCAGAUGAAUGUUCCGCCGAACUUGCUGCCCCAGACCCUGCUUAACGGACCGACCCCGCACGGCAUGGCGACCAGAGCCGCCCCGCAGGGCCCGAUGGUCAGUGUCCCAGUGCCCGGACAGAUGGGGUCUGAUUCGGGAGGGAAGCGACCCUCCUCGGUGUCCAGCACGGACCAGGAGCGGGAGCUGAAGGAGAAGCAGCGGAACGCGGAGGCUCUUGCCGAGUUGAGCGAGAGCCUCCGGAACCGACAGGAGGAGUGGGCGAACAAGCCGAAGAUGGUGCGGGACACGCUGGUCACCCUGUCCGGCUGCACCCCGUUCGACGUCCGCUUCAAGAAAGACCACGGGCUGAUCGGCAGGGUGUUCGCCUUCGACGCCGUGUCUAAACCCGGUAUGGACUACGAGCUGAAGAUCUUCAUCGAGUACCCGAGCGGCUCCGGGAACGUGUUCUCCAGCGCCUCGGGGGUGGCCAAGCAGAUGUACCAGGACUGUAUGAAGGACUUCGGCAGAGGUUUAUCCUCAGGGUUUAAAUAUCUGGAGUAUGAGAAGAAGCACGGCUCCGGGGACUGGCGUCUGCUCGGGGAUCUAUUACCGGAGUCUCUGCGGUUUUUUAAGGAGGGUUUGGGGGGAGACAUGCUGCCGCAGCCCUACGUCGACGGCAGCUACCCCCUCCUGCCCACUUCCCUGGUGCUUCCCGGCCGAGCGUUGGCUUCAGGCAGCGGAAACAGCAGCUCCAGGGCCGCGGUGAGGAAGAGGAAAGCCUCCCCGGAGCCGGAUUCAGCGGAGGGCGGCCUGAAGCUCACCGAGGAGCAGCAGAGGCAGCAGUGGAUCAACAGCCAGGCCGAAGCCCUCAAACUCUCCAUGGCUGCGGGCUCCUUCGCCGGGCCCCCUCCUUCUCUUGGCUCGGGACACCCCGCCCCCCCCUCCGGCCGCGCCACACCCCCCGAGUCCGCCUCUCCUCCGCAGAACGGACAGUCCCCGAUGGCCGCGCUCAUGUCAGUCGCGGACACACUCGGGAACGCGCACUCUCCCAACAAGGACAGAGACUCGGUUCACUCCACCACAUCCUCCUCCAGGCACAAUAGCAACAGCCCGGUAUCCCCCGCCCCCGUGCCCGGACACAGGCGCCUCUCGUCCCGCAACGGAGACUUAGGGCUGUCCGCGCCCUCUCAGUCCGCAGCGGGCAUGGACCAGGUGCACGGGCAAAACGUGCCCGACUCCCCCAUGGCCAACAGCGGACCUCUGUGCUGCACAAUCUGCCACGAACGGUUAGAGGACACGCAUUUCGUGCAGUGUCCCUCCGUCCCCAACCACAAGUUCUGCUUCCCGUGCUCCAGAGAAAGCAUCAAGGCCCAGGGAGCCUCCGGGGAGGUGUACUGCCCCAGUGGGGCUAAGUGCCCGCUGGUCGGCUCUAACGUGCCCUGGGCCUUCAUGCAGGGGGAGAUAGCCACCAUCCUGGCCGGAGAUGUGAAGGUAAAGAAGGAGAGAGACCCCUGA